UCAAAAACACAAUAUUCUCCUUCUCCCUCUUUCCCCACACACAAUAAGAUCAACUUGUUAUUAAAGAUUAAUAAUAAUAAAAAAAAUGAGAAGCGGAGGAGGUUACAGCCUUCACCAUUCACUAACAGUGGAAGCCACGGCCAUCGUGAAGCAAGCGGUGAGCCUGGCAAGGCGGCGCGGCCAUGCGCAAGUGAGCCCCAUCCACGUUGCGAGCGCCAUGCUGGCAUCACCGGCCGGCCUGCUGAAGCGGGCAUGCCUCCAAUCGCAUUCCCAUCCAUUGCAGUGCAAAGCCCUCGAGCUCUGCUUCAACGUGGCCCUCAACCGGCUCCCGACCUCUUCCCCAGCCCCCCUGCUGGGCCCACACUCCAACCUCCCUUCCCUUUCCAACGCCCUUGUGGCGGCCUUCAAGCGGGCCCAGGCCCACCAGCGGCGCGGCUCCAUCGAGAGCCAGCAGCAGCAGCAGUCCAUCCUAGCCCUCAAAGUGGAGGUGGAGCAGCUCGUCAUCUCCAUCUUAGACGAUCCCAGCGUCAGCAGAGUCAUGCGCGAGGCCGGCUUCUCCAGCACUCAGGUCAAGGCCAACAUCGACUGCCACAAGGCCCCUCCCCCCGGCUCCCUUCAUCCUCUCGAUCUCACCCUCCACAGUGGUAUGCAUGAUGAGAAGUGGCAGUUGGGAAUGAAGAAGCAGAUGGCUUGCUGUUGUGAUUGUGCAGAGAGUUUUGAGAAAGAGGCCGAAUUAGCUGUGACGAGCGGUUCAUCUGCCGCAAGGCUGCCGUCAUGGCUGCAACAGUACAAGGAUGACAUGAAAAAGCAACUCAAUUGUAGCAAUCAGGAAUCUGACAAAUUAAAGGAUCUUUCUAAGAAGUGGAACACAAUAUGCAGCAGCUCACUUCACAAGAAGCCACAUUUCCUCGAAAAAGUAUGGAAUCUAUCAUCCUUGCCAUCGUCUCCAUCCACAUUCAACAACCACACCAAGUCUCAAAUUCUUCUCAACUUGGAUGACGACGACGCCAAAGUUUCCAAACCGGAACUCCUAUCAAACCCUAAUUCGAGCCCCAAUUCAGCUUCCUCGAGCGAAGCAAGCCAAGAUAUGAUGAAGCUCCCUCACGGAUUCAACGAGCUUAAUUCGGAAAAUCUGAGGAUUCUGACAGCUGCAUUGGAGGAGAAAGUCCAAUGGCAGAAGCACAUCGCUCCGGAUAUCGCAACCGCAAUCCUCCGAUGCCGGUCCAGGAGGAGGAGAGAUAGCUGGUUGGCAUUCCUAGGCGGUGACGAUAACGGCAAGGAGUUGAUGGCCAAGGAGGUCGCUAAGGUCGUGUUCGGAUCUGAACACGACUUCGUCGCCAUCGGCCUCAGCCGGUGGAGAGAUAAUUCUACAGAGGAGGUGGCGAGCGGCAGCAAGAGGGCGAGAGAUGAGCGUGGAGGAGCCGUUUACGAUAGAUUUGCUGAAGCGGUUCGAGAUAAUCCGAGGCGAUUGUUCUACGUCGAAGAUGUUGAUCAGAUGGACUACGACGGUGUGAAAAGGUUCGAGAGAGCGAUGAGAAACGGCGGCGUUUCGAUCGGGGAUGAGUGUUUCCCGCUCAAAGAUGGCAUUGUGGUGUUCAGCUAUUGUGCGGUUGAUAAUGGAGAAAGUGAAGAAGAGGAGCAUUGUGUAUCGUUGGAUUUGAACGUUGCGACGGAAGAGGGGAGUGGGAUUAGGAUUCUGGAUUCAGUUGACAUGCAAGUGAUUUUUGGAAUCCAAGUAUUGUAAAUUAGAUACUAGUACUAUUAGGGUUUGUCGAUCUUUGACAUAUAAGUUUAAAUGUAAUGUUGUAAUUAAACUAUAAUGUUACUCUUUAGUUCUUAAUU